AAUAUUCCAGCCAUUGCGAGGGAGAUGAAGAACUGGUGGUGGGAGUGACAGCAACGCCAUAUCCACAUUGCGUUUCGCUUAAACGCUUUUUUAUCUCUUCUCCGAACUUCAACCACCGUUUCAUGGACUCUCUUUUUCUAUCCCUCACUCAACGCAACCAAACAACGCUAUGGGUUUCGGUUUCGGUCUCAGGCUAAACCCUAGGCUCAGACAUUGUCUCCCUCUCCACACUCCUCAUUCCUUCACCAAUUCGCCCUUUUCGCUUUCUUCAUCUUCUGCUGGAGUCAGGGAAACUUGUUUCAACACCACGAGGUUAUCUUUACCCUCAACAUUUUAUGAGGAAGGCGAAGCUCUGCAAAAAGAUUUUGGAAGGGUUUUCGCAUUUUCGUCGUCUGCCUUGGAAACCCUGGAAAAUGAUUCAUUACCAAGAGUAGAAACUGAGGUAAACAAAAGAAAGAGAUCACUGAGUAGUGUGUUUGAUAAUACUCAAAUGUCUUUUGGAGAGGUAUCUGCCGUCUCUUCAAAGUUUGAGUCAUUCGGGGCAUCGCAUUUUCGUUUGUUAAUGGAGAACCUAAGUGUUUUAGAAGAAACUUUUGCUGAUUCUGAAGCACUGAGGUUGGAAAAGGAUAUUGUAUUGCAACUGGAAAAGCUUGGUGCACUCGAGUUAUUCAAUGUUUGUCUAUCAAGAUCUCUUGGAACAUCACUUGUAUCGGACUACACUAAUAAAGUGGAUGACAACAAGGGCAAAGUUGUUGUUCAGUCUAGCAGGAAGAAGGAAAAUAAAUCAAGAAGAAAAAGAGUUUCUAAUGCCACAACAGUUUCAUCCCCAUCAUUGACUCUAAAAGUUGAUCAGGAAGAUCUGUUACGUUUCUCAGCUUCAUUUGUGAAAAGAGCAUCAAACACUAAAAACAAAAGAAUAAUGGUUGCUAAAAGGGAGGCAGAGAUGUCAAAAGGAGUAAAGGUGCUAGCUCAGUUAGAGAAAAUUAGAACAGCUAUAGAAGAGGAUACCAAGCGAGUAGCAAGCUUGAGUAGCUGGGCAGAGGCGUCUGGAGUUGAUGAGAAAGUGCUACAGCAGCUAUUGCAUCAUGGCCAUUAUUGCCGGGAUGAACUCAUACGGAGUACUCGUUCCUUAGUUCUAUACCUUGCUAGAAAAUACAGGGGUAUGGGAAUAGCUUUGGAUGAUUUACUUCAGGCUGGAUAUGUAGGUGUGCUCCAAGGAGCUGAGAGAUUUGACAGUACAAGGGGAUACAAAUUCUCAACCUAUGUGCAGUAUUGGGUUAGGAAAUCAAUUUCAAGAAUGGUGGCACGAUAUGCUCGAGGAAUCUUAAUUCCUUGGUCAUUGAACAGGGCAAUCAAUCAGAUUCAGAAAACUCGAAAAGCCAUGAAAAGUACCCACAAGAAAUGUCCAGAUGAUUAUGAAAUUGCAAAGAUGACAGGUCUUUCACUGGAUAAAAUCAAAUCAGCUAGCAAUUGUCUGAGAAUAGUUGCUUCAAUUGAUCAGAAGGUGGGGGACUGCCUUGGUGUAGAAUAUAUGGAACUUAUGCCCGAUGUGACAAUAGAGAGUCCUGAAGAAGCUGUCAUGAAGCAACAUAUGAGAAAAGACAUAAAGGAUCUUCUGAAAGGCUUGAACCCAAGGGAAAGGCAAAUAUUAACCCUACGCUUUGGCCUUAAUGAUAACCAGCCCAGGUCUCUUCAGGAUAUAGGGACCCUUUUCAAAGUUAGCAAAGAGAGGAUAAGGAAGAUAGAGAAAAAAGCUCUAACAAAGUUGCGGAGUGAAGCAACCUCCUCAAAGUUACAUUAUUAUUUGGAUCUGUAGUAUACCUUUGGUCUUUGGUAAGCUUCAAUAGCAUAUUUGUUUGAUCUGGCUGUGAAGGAUGUGUACAAAUUCUUGGUCUUGGUUGGAUGUGAUAUGUUAACGGUUUCCAUCCUCUUGACCGUGUGUCUCCUACCAGGAAAAGCAUUAUCAGUUGUUACUAGUGCAGCAUUUGACCACACCAAGAUGUUUUGGAUACACAGAAGGCUUCAAACUCUAUUAUGUUAAUGAUCUCUCAUUUCCCUUUUGUGGGGUCAUCCAUGAAAUCAUGUGAUUCUUGUAAAUGGUUGUUCUUGAUUGGGCCUUGAGAAUGAAUGACGUAGCUGCCUCUGAAGUUGUUUUUUUCCUUUCUCGGACUGGUAGGAGGCUUCCCACACUUGCCGUGUUCUUUGGCAAAAGACGUGGUUUCUUAUAAGAAUUGUGCUAGUAUAUUAUGUAUAUUCAAAAUACAUGUUACAUGGUAUAUUUGUAAUAAAUUUGCAUUUUUUGGAUGCAUAUUUUAUCAGUACUUUUUUUAUCCAGGACAAA